AAGUUGAGGGUUGUAAAUAUUAUUUUCUCUAUUUUGGUAUAACAUCAAGCAUUAAGAGCCCUUUGGUUAUGUAUAGGCAUUAAAUGGAAAACAUAGCUAAAGAUUUAGCGGGAUCAAUUCUAAAUAGAGUUGGAAACGCAGCCAUGGAUUACACAAUAAAUGGUUAUAAGUUCAUAACUACAUAUAAAAAGAAAAGUAAAGAAGUCAAAGAUGCUUUGGAAACAUUGGAAAAGAGGAAGGAGGAAUUAAUCCAAGAAGUGGAGAAUAAGGGUGUAGAAGAUGGAGAAGAAAUCACAGCUGAUGCUGAAGACUGGCUUAGAAAGGUGAAUGAAUUAUUGAUUGAAGAUGAUGAACUCAAGAAAAUUACAACUAUAAAUGAUGAAAUAAAUGAAGAGAAAGAUAAAUGUUUUUGUGGGUUUUGUAAUGGGAAUUUGUGUUACCGAUAUAAAUGUGGAAAAAUAGCUUAUGAGAAGCUUAGAAAGAUCCGAGAAUUACAAAACGAAGUUCCAAAUAAUGAUCGACUCACUAGAGUUGUGUCGGGUGAAAAGGUUGGACAAAAAAUUUCAGAAUUGAUGUCAUUUGGUUGGAUAUCUAAAAAGAAUAUAUUGGAGGAGCUUGUGGAUUUGUUACUUGAUCAUCAAGUGAAUUCUGUUGGGCUAUAUGGACCGAAAGGAUCUGGUAAAACUGAAGUUAUAAGAGAUUUAAGGCGAGAUCCUCGAGUGAUGAAUACAUUCAACAAAACAGUGAGAGUUACUGUUACAAGUAACCCAAAUAUAAAGGACAUCCAAGAUAAGAUAGCAAAAACAAUUGAAGCUGUGGAUUGGAAAGAUGUGGACAUGAAAAAUCGAGCAAAAAAUUUGGAAUCACAGAUAAGAUUGAAAAGGGAAAAACUGUUGAUUAUACUUAAUGUAUGCGAAAAACUAGAUUUAAACAGUUUAGGAACUGGUGAUAAUGACUUUUGUAAGCAUUUGGUGGUAAGCACGUCACUAAAUAUUUGUCGAUUAAUGGGUGUAAAGGAAAAAAAUGCAGUGGAAAUGAAACCAAUGAGUUUGGAAGAAGCCCAAUCAUGUUUCUGGAAGAGGGUUUAUGAUCUUAAACGCAAGGGCGGUUGGGGAGAUCAAGUAACAACUUAUGCUUAUAUAUCUCUUGCUAAAAAGUUGAUCAAGGAUUACUGUAAAGGCUCAACUAACGCAAUUAUGUCAUUAGCUAACGUGUUGGGUAAUGUAGAUAUUACAAAGUGGAAAGAAUUAGAAGCUGAACUAAAAGGUAAACAGAAUGCACAUGAGAUAAUUGCGCGUAAGAGUGUCCAAGCUUCAGUUGAAAGCAAAGAUUCUGAAGCUAUUGAAAAGUUCUCUGCGCUUGCUUGUGUGUUUCCUCAAGAGUCAAGCGUACCAAUCUUAGAUUUGAUGAGAUACGCUAUCGGUUUGGAUUUGAUUAAGGAUGUUAACAACCUUAGUCAGGCAAUGUCUCUAGCUGAAGGAUGGGUUCAACGUUUGAUUUCCUCGUAUUCGCUAGAAGAAGAUGAAGAUGAAAAUAAUUGGACUGGAGGUCUUGGUCAUGUUAUAGUUCCUCGUUUUACUCGGGAUAAUAUUAUCAGUGAUCUUCAUAAACAAGGUAAGGGCAAAUAUAUGUUGAAAGACAUUUCUCGAUGGGUUCAAUUGGAUGAGAAUAUUCGGGAAGAGUCGUACACUACGAUAUCUUUGGCGUCUAAUCAUAAUCAUUCUUGCAUUAGUGAACAUAAGUUCAACAAUCUUGAAAUGUUGAUAUUGGAUAAUAGUAAACCCAAAGAUGAAUUUAGUGAUAAAUUCUUUCAAGGGAUGACAACACUAAAGGUUUUGGUUCUAAAAGGAAUGAACUUUCAACAGAAAUCACCGACGUCCAUAGGAACAUUGACUAAUCUUACCACGUUACAUUUGGAAGACUGUAAACUUCUAGGAGAUAUUAGUUGGAUUGGUAAGUUGAAGAAACUUAUCAUUCUAAGUUUGCGUGGAUCGAGUGUGGAUGAAAUACCCGAAAAUGAGAUGAGGAAGUUGCAAAGGCUUCGAGUGUUGGAUUUAACAAAAUGUGAGAUACAUGAUGAUGGAAUAAUCCCUGCAAAUGUCUUGAGUAAACUUCCUUUAUUGGAGGGUUUUUAUGCGUAUGAUAUUAGUAGCCAAAAAGAUUGGGCUGAUUGCUCCGUUAAUGAUACUCCCUCGAGCUCGAGAAAAAGUGGUUUGUCCCAGUUAUUGAUGCCGGAGAUAAGCAGCAUUGCAAGCGAUUAUGCAAGCAUUGACGAGUUGAAUAGUUUGAAUGAGCUAAAUGUGCUAGAGAUAAAAAUCCCAAAUCUGAACCAGUUACCAAAUAGUGACAAAUUUGUUAAAAAUCUGAAUCAUUUUUACAUAUUUAUUGGUAAAGAUGCUGAACCUCCUGUGUCAAAAUCAGCUAAAGGAUUCUCUCGGGUAUUAAGAUUUGGAUCCAUUAAUGAAGGAUCACAAGCUAAAUACAAAUUCUUGAAUACUUUGCUUUUAAAUACUGAAUGUUUAAGUUUAGAAGGAAUGCAGGGACAAUCACACUUCAUACAAGACAUAAAGCAAUUGCUGAAAUCUAGAAAGAUCAUCUCUUUGCCUGGAUAUCAUAGAGGAGAAGCUGAUUUCCAAAGUCUGCAAUAUUUGGAAAUUCAAGGUUGCCAUGAUUUGGAGGGUUUUGCAGCUAUACCUAUCAAGGCACCUCAUUUGAAUGAACUUAAAGUAGUCAAGUGCUCUAAAAUGAACUACAUUUUUAAAGACCAUGGUCAAGAUUUCCAAGAUGAGCUUCCUUCCUUACGUACCUUGUACCUAAGGAAACUUGAUAAAUUGGGUAGUCUGUCUUCAACUGAAUCAACCAGCUCUGAUCUACCAUUACACUUUCCGGCUCUAUUCAAUAAAAAGAUGACAUUUCCCUCACUAAAGACAUUACGUGUGAAGAAAUGCGGUCAAAUCGUGAAUCUUUGGGAUACCUCAUUCAGUGAUAACAAAUAUUUAAGGACAUGGAAGAAUUUGACAGAAGUAUCUAUCCAUGCUUUAACAAACUACAGAGUCUAGGCCCACUCUCUAUGGCUGUUUCUCUCGAAGCAUUAAAUAAAUUAGACAUUAUUGAUUGUCCAUUGAUGAAGGAAGUCUUUUCUAGUGAGUUCGGAGCUGAUUAUACUAGUCAUGAAAUCUUUCCAAAACUUCAGAAAGUCAGCCUUGAUCGUUGCCUUAAAAUGAAGAGAUUUAUCUCAUCAACAAAUCUUGUAUUUCCUUCUUUGGAAGAAAUAAAGAUUCAAGAUUGUCCUAAGAUGACACUUUUUCAUGUGGAACUAUGUCUACUCCGAAACUAAGAUGCUUAACUGUUGAACCUUGCAAACAUUCUCGAACCGAGAUUCAAGACGUUAAUAAAUUCAUAGAGAAACGUAAUAUUCCAAUCUAUGAGGUUGAAGUUAGCAAUAUAGAGGCCCAAGAGAACGUUGGAAAGAGAUCCAAGCCCAUAUUUUUCAAGAAUACAUGCAUUCGUCAUCAAAAGAAAUGGUAUGUGACAUAAAAUAAAUGAACACUAGACAGAUUUACAACUUUGUGUUUGUCUACACUGAAGUCGCAGUGAAAUUAUUGACUAAUGUUUUUUUCUUUUCUUCUUUUUUAAAUGAAUGAAUUUGUAAAUAAAUAACAUGUAUGUAUGAAUUAUGAUACCCAAUUCUACACAAAAAGACUUGUAAAUACAUAAAUGAUAUGCUAAAACAUUUCAAAAAAUUAUCAAAUUACACUUUUUAUCA